AUGGGCUCUGCUUCCAAUCCGAGUUUUACAGGUAGACCACAAAUAUUUGAGGAGGAAGGAGCGGGUCCGACACGGGGCAGCGGCGUGUGCAAGUGGUUCAACCUGCGGAUGGGCUUCGGCUUCCUGUCCAUGAGCCGCCGGGACGGAGCUCCUGUGGAGGAGCCGCUGGACGUGUUCGUCCACCAGAGCAAGCUGCACAUGGAGGGCUUCCGCAGCCUCAGGGAAGGCGAAGCGGUGGAGUUCACCUUCAAGAGGUCGUCCAAGGGGCUGGAGUCGCUCCGGGUCACCGGGCCCAACGGAGCCCCGUGUCUGGGCAGCGAGAGGAGGCCGAAGAGUGCCCAGAGGCGGCGCUCCAGGGCGGACAGGUGA